AGGCUGAUGAGGAGAAGAGCCGUAACAGUUUAGGGCAGCAGCAGCAGACAAGGGGCAUCUGGAGCAUCAAUCCUGAUUUAACCCAUGUGAGCCGGGAUUUCAGCUGCAUCACUGGUUCCUGGGAGGAGACUGUCACAUCUGAAUUAGCAAAGGAAUUUGUCAGAGAGGGACAUGGAGGAGGAGGAUGGGAAGAGCCCUCCAGAUUCAGCCUAUGGGGAGCCAAAGAAAUAUGAUCCAAAUUUCAAGGGCCCAAUCCAGAACAGGGGCUGUACGGAUAUCCUGUGCUGCAUUCUCAUAGUACUGGGCAUCAUCGCGUAUGUGGCUGUUGGCAUUGUAGCCUGGACAUAUGGAGACCCCCGCAAGGUUAUUUACCCAACUGACAGCAAGGGCCAGUUCUGUGGCCAAGUUGGGACCCCCAACGAGAAAAAACCUUUUCUGUUUUAUUUUAACAUCAUGAAAUGUGCCAGCCCCCUUGUCCUGCUUCAGUUCCAGUGCCCAACUACCCAGAUAUGUGUGGAAAAGUGUCCGGACAGGUUCCUGACUUACCUCUCAGUGGCAGCGACCCAGCAAAACUUUGAUUAUUACAAACAAUUCUGCAGAGAUGGAUUCCACAAUUUCACUAAGAGCCCAGUGGAGGUGCUGAGAGACAGAGAUUGCCCGGCUAUGAUAACCCCAAGCAAACCGUUCACCAGAAGAUGUUUCCCAGCCAUUAAAACACAAAAGGGGGUCGUCAUGGUCGGGAACUCAACAACGUUUGACGACGGGAGGGGCGAUAAGCAGCGUAAUGUGACUGAUCUCGUGGAAGGAGCAAAAAAAGCCAAUGUGGUUCUAGAGGCCCGGCAAGUUGCCAUGAAGAUAUUUGAGGACUACACGGUAUCUUGGUACUGGAUAAUCAUAGGCCUGAUUAUUGCCAUGGUGGUCAGUUUGAUCUUUGUGGUUCUGCUCCGGUUCCUUGCCGGCAUCAUGGUUUGGGUGAUGAUUGUUUUAGUCAUUGCAGUAAUGGGUUACGGAAUCUUUCAUUGCUACAUGGAAUAUGCUCGGCUGAAGGGUGAGGCUGGCUCGGAUGUGACUCUGAAAGAUAUUGGGUUCCAGACUGAUAUCCGUGUUUAUUUACAUCUCAGGCAGACAUGGCUGGCAUUCAUGAUCAUCCUGUGCAUUCUGGAGGUUAUUGUGAUCCUGCUGCUCAUAUUCCUGCGGAAGAGGAUAAUGAUCGCCAUUGCACUAAUCAGGGAGGCCAGCAGGGCCGUCGGAUAUGUCAUGUCAUCCUUGGUGUUCCCUCUCUUCACAUUCCUGCUGGUGUGUCUGUGCAUCGCCUACUGGGCUAUUACAGCUGUAUUUCUGUCCACCUCUAAUGAGGCCGUGUAUAAAGUGUUUAAUGAGACCCAAUGUGAUUUCUCUGGCAACACCUGCAAUCCAGAGACCUUUAACACAACCAAUGUGACGCGCCUGUGCCCUGACGCCACCUGCCAGUUUGCAUUUUAUGGUGGUGAAACUUAUUACCACAAGUACCUCAUCAUCUUCCAGAUCUACAAUGCCUUCAUGUUCCUCUGGCUGGCCAACUUUGUCAUUGCACUAGGCCAGGUGACAUUAGCAGGGGCAUUUGCUUCCUAUUACUGGGCCUUCAAAAAACCUGAUGAUAUGCCAGCCUUCCCCAUCUUCUCCUCACUGGGGCGGGCGCUGAGGUAUCACACUGGCUCUCUGGCUUUUGGAUCUCUGAUUUUGGCUAUUGUACAAAUGAUAAGGAUCUUACUGGAAUAUUUGGACCACAAACUGAAAGGAGCCGAUAAUAAAUGUGCCCGCUUCCUCCUCUGUUGCUUGAAGUGCUGCUUCUGGUGCCUGGAGAAGUUCAUCAAGUUCCUCAAUCGCAACGCAUACAUCAUGAUAGCCAUAUAUGGCACCAACUUCUGCACGUCGGCACGGAACGCAUUCUUCCUGCUCAUGAGGAACAUUGUCCGUGUGGCCGUACUUGAUAAAGUCACAGACUUCCUGCUUUUCCUUGGGAAACUGUUGGUGGUAGGAUGCGUGGGGAUCCUUGCUUUCUUUUUCUUCACUCGUCGGAUUCAGAUUGUGCAGGACACGACUCCAACUCUGAAUUAUUACUGGGUCCCCAUCCUGACAGUGAUUUUAGGCUCCUACCUGAUUGCCCACGGGUUCUUCAGCGUCUAUGGGAUGUGUGUGGACACUCUAUUCCUGUGUUUCUGUGAAGAUUUGGAGAGGAACGAUGGUUCCUUGGAGCGACCGUAUUACAUGUCCGCAGAGCUCAGCCAAAUCCUGCUGAAAAAGGACGCGGACGCCUUAAAAUCCAGCGAGAGCCAGAGCUAAUGGAGGCGCAGUGGGUGGGGUUUAGAGACCCCCCGCUAAAUCUACAUGGGUUAAAGCUGCAGGCGUCCUCAUCAACCAAAACCUCUAUAUCUAUACCUCUUAUUCUAGAAUCUAGAGAAUGGUGUGUGUGUCAGGAAUAGGGGGCAAUAGGGCUAGAGUUCUGCGCGGAACCAAUUUAUGAGACCCAAACCCGCAUAUUCACUUUGAUCUGCUUCCCACAACUGCCAUAUCCGCAGCCCGCUGACCACCAUUAAUCAGGAAGUGCUGCUGCUGCUGCAAAACUGUAAGUGACUUUAAAAGUGGGCAGGACAGGAAAAAGUUUUGUUAAAAUUUAAAAGGAGUAAAAUAUAGACAAUAUAACAAUAUGAGAUAAGAAAUUUAGAUGAGACCCACGACCCGCAGACCUGCAUCUAUACCUGCACCAGAAAAUCCUACCCAGAUCCCGCAGCUAGGGUUGCCACCUUUUCUGGAAAAAAAUACCGGCCUUCCUAUAUAUUUAUCUUUUUUCCCUUUUAAUAACAUUGGGAUCAACCAUCAUUUAAGGCCUGUAAAAUACCGGCCAGGUGGCAAUCCUACCCGCAGGAUACCCGACCCACUGCAGGACUCUAAACAGGACUACAGGAGUGCCAGAAUAUAGCUCAGACUGUACCCUAGUAGUGUGCUGGGAAUAUGUAACAUAACACGCCGAACUAGUAGUACAAAUCCUCUUCUCUCAUGUACCGUCACAGUUCAUCAUGUAUGUAUCCUGCCAACACCCAGUGCCUUUUACUAGUUACUGCAUGACCUGCACUCACCCUAAAUCAGCCAUAUCCCCAAUUUCCCCCAUAUUCCCUCACUUCAUUCCUGCCUUCUCUUCCCUUUCCUCCGUGGUCCAGUGGAAGACUUGGAGCGGAACGACGGCUCAACAGAGAGACCGUUCUUCAUGUCGGCCAACCUGCAGAAACUGCUGAACAAAACCAACCAGACCAAGCCCGAUAAAUAGUUGCCGGUAAAACAGGACUGGAUCUCACUAGUGAUACAUGCGUAUUCUUGCUGCGUGUACUCCCUCUAAAGAACACGGGUGUAUGUAGCUAUGUACAGUGUAUAUGUAAUGUGCAUAGGCUCCACUCUGCUUUUGGAGCAGCAAUUUAUUCCUGUACGUGAAAACAACUGCCAUAUAUGUAUAUGACACGUACACCUGUUUAAAGGGAUACUGUCAUGGGAAAAAUUUUUUUUUAAAAAUUAAUCAGUUAAUAGUGCUGCUCCAGCAGAAUUCU